CCUGAUUAAAACCAGAGGUUAAAGUCCUUGCCUGUUUAGCUUUUCCUCUUCCCCUGUGCUCGUUCUUUUGAAUUGCUGCUCCAAUCUUCUCAUAGCUCUUCUCUGAAUUGGGAUCAAUCAAUCAUCUCUGCAGGGAAAAAUGUCCACAGCUGGGAAGGUUAUUAAAUGCAGGGCAGCGGUGGCCUGGGAGCCCGACCAGCCUGUGGUCAUAGAGGAGAUUGAAGUUGCCCCGCCCAUGGCCGAUGAGGUCCGCAUCAAGAUAGUAGCAACAUCGGUGUGUCACACGGACCUGUACCACCUUUUGGAGAGUAUGAAUAAAGGUGGAUUUCCGACGGUGCUCGGCCAUGAGGGCGCCGGCAUCGUGGAGAGUGUGGGACCUGGAGUCACUGAAUUUCAGCCCGGAGACAAGGUGAUUCCUCAUUUCAUCGCUCAGUGUAGGGAAUGUCGUUUUUGUAAGAGUCCAAGGACCAACCAGUGUGAAAAAGCAUGGACUAGAGUUCGUCAGGAAAUUAUGGCCGGUGUCGAAUCCAGGUUCACCUGUAAAGGGAAGAGAAUUCAUCAGUUUAUGGGACUCAGUACAUUCUCAGAAUACACAGUAAUAAACCAGAUUGCAGUGACUAAGAUAGACCCUGCUGCGCCUCUGGACAAAGUCUGCCUCCUCGGCUGUGGGAUCUGCACUGGAUAUGGAGCAGCAGUGAAUACUGCCAAGGUCGAGCCGGACUCCACCUGUGCCGUGUUUGGACUGGGAGCCGUGGGUCUGGCUGCAGUCAUGGGCUGCAAAGCUGCAGGAGCCAAAAGGAUCAUCGCCGUGGAUGUGAACCCAGACAAAGCUGAGAAGGCUAAAGUUUUUGGUGCCACUGACUUCGUCAACCCCAAAGACCACAGCAAACCCAUCCAUGAAGUGAUCGCUGGGAUGACUAACGGGGGUGUGGACUUCUCUCUGGAGUGUGUCGGAAACGUGGAGGUCAUGCGCAGUGCUUUGGAGUCCAGCCUGGAAGCCUGGGGCGUCAGCGUGAUCGUAGGCUGGACCGACAUGUACGACGUGGCCAUCCGGCCUGGUCACCUGAUCUGUGGCCGCACAUGGAAAGGCUCAGUAUUUGGAGGGUUUAAAGCUAAAGAUGGCGUGGCGGGCAUGGUCAAAGCCUACCUGGAGAAGAAGGUGAAGGUGGAUGAGUUCAUCACUCACAACAUGGCGCUGGACCAAAUCAACGAAGCCAUCGAACUCAUGAAGAACGGCAAAUGUAUCCGGGUCAUUGUGAAUGUUUCUCCUCAGUAACACCUUCAGAGACGCCAAAGAAACCCACUGAAUACAGAGAACAGUUAACGACUAAUCAGCCGUCAUCAAACAGGCUGUAGUGUUUUUAUUAAUAAAAGAACAGCUAGAAGCAAAAGGGAUAUCCUGGUUUAUUUUCAGGUGUUAUUUGAGCUUCUUGUCCACAGCUCUCUGUGUACUGAACCCUAAUGAUGGAGGGUUUACACAAGCCAGACUAAUUAUGUCUGUGUUUGCUUGACUUGGAUGGUGGUGAUUUAAAUUUCCUGCUUGGAUGGAUUUCAGAGUUCCUGUCUGAGUAAACCUUCCCUUUUUGUCAGGCUAAUGCAGGAAAUUUUAUGCAGGGUGAAUAACGUUAUAUUAAAAUGCAUAAAAUAAUAGCUUCUCUAACCCCAGAGGUGGCCUCUAUCUUUUUUACAUUUUAGAUUCAGUUUUGCAGAAUAAGUGCUGGAAAGAAGACUGAAGAUGACAGGUUUCUCUGAGGUAGCAAAUAUUUGGACUAGAUCAAGUUAUUCUAUUAUAAAACCUGAUUAUGAUCAAUCAGUUUCAUACUAUUAUCAAUAAAUACAUCGUUUUAUUCAUGAUUACAUUUGAAAAG